AUGAUUUGGUACUCACUUAAUUUAAAUGUUUUAAGUACAGAUGAACAUACAUCAGAUGUAUCUGUAGUCCCGCUUGAUGUAAAACCCAAAGAAGAAACCAUAACAACAACAGAUUUCUUUGAAGAUAAUGAUUCUGAUGUAUUAUUUCAAAAUGUAUCUGAAAAUAAUGAAGGAAUUUCUAAUAAAAGAAAACUUACCACUGCAGAAGAAGAUCAAUCCUCUGAAAGUCAUAAGCGUACUAAAUUAUUUCAAAAUUUACCUUUUAAAAAAAGGUAUAUAAAAUUACAUGAAGAAUCAAAUUUAAAUAAAGAUAGAGAUCUUAAUAAUUUUUCUAUAGAAAAACCUUCUUAUUUUAAAGGUUUUAAAAUGGAAGAUAUUAAGACUUUAUCUGAUUGUAUUUUUAAAUUAACUAGUGUUGAUUAUGAUAUGAAUGAUUGGAACAUCAUUUACAAGAUUUUUUAUGGUGAGGAAAAAGAUAUUAGUUUAUUACAAGUAAAGAAUAUUCGUGUAUUUUUAAAGCUAAUUAUUUCUUAUAUGGCUUUUAUAAGAAAAAAAUGA